AAACCAACUUGUUGCUAGGAGAACAAUUUGUAAAAGAUGAAUCGGAUAUUUUUUGUUAACAUAAGGUAGAUCGACAUUCUGAGCUGAGCUGUGUACAGCAUUGAGGUCUCCACAGCAUUCAUAUGAAUGUACACACACUCUAACAAUGGAUAUGAAAAGAAGAUCAUUUUUGAAGUGAAAAGUUGUCUAAAAGACGGUCCUCAAGCUAACACAUUAGCAUUCCCCAGUCUGCACAGAAACUCAUGGAUGUGUCAACAAUAGAUGAAGACGGCCUGGACAGUUUACAUCAUCAAUAUAAUAAAUUGGUCAUUGAUGAUAUGGUGAAGGGUCGACCAUUUAGUUUUGAUGCCAUUCAGAUUGUCCUACCUGUUACUUGGGGAAAGCUGAGUAAAUACACAUUUGACUGGUAUAACAACUUCAUUCACAAAUCUAGCUACUAUCUCAAUGUAUGUCAUAUGCCUGACUUCCGGGCCAAGAUCAGACUUGGAAUGUGUGCACCUGAGGUGCUGGAGACAAUGAGAGAAGUGGAAGUGAAAUCUUUAGAACUCAAACGUUAUUAUGAAACGUUAAUGGAGGAAAAAAAGAUUCAUGGACGUUUUAUACGAAUCAGUGGUAACACUGUCUGGGCCUCUAUAAUGGAGUUCUGUCGACUGGUUCACCCAACUAUGAUCGUUAUGGGCUCAAAAACCGUGGCCUUACCAAUGAAGUCGGUGGCCCCCGAUAUUGGUCCCAUAAAGAAAGGGCAGGCUAGCUUGGUGAGCAAUGUUACCAGCGAUGUACUCAUGCACAGUUCCAUCCCUGUCAUCACAGUGCGCAUGCCUAGCCCCGAGGAAACUAUCAAAGAAGAAAAUUCUGGAACAAACCUCCCCCCUACAGCGAAGCAGAGUAAGAAAAUGCUGAAGAAGUUCUCGACAUCAUCAUAAAGAAUUGUAGCAACACAAACUAGUUUGUUUUUUUUAAAUUGGCUUUUCGUAUGAACUUUUUGCCUCAACAAUUAAAGCAGCACACUGCAAUGGAACAGAAUUUAUAACAACUGAUACACACAUAUGUUUGGUAAAUGAACGUGACUAAGAUAAUUUUAUUUUUAAACAAAA